AGUCAACGCCGAGUUCAAAAUGGCGGCCCCCACGUUGAAGAUUGCACAGGAGCGCGGGCAGCGUAUGUAGACGAGGAAAAACUAUGAGAAAACGUGGAAAACAAGCAUGACAUUAAUUCUUGAGCAUUUAUUUGUAGGGUGAAACAUCGGUAAAAUGAGUGACUCCGACCGAACUAUCGACUCUGACGAGCUAGAAGAUGUCAUUGCCCGCAAGCGUGGAUCGCUAGAUCGCCUCAAGCAACCGCCACCUAAACAAGUACGGAGAUCUACAAAACUUCACGAAGUCUCCGACUCCGACAGUAGCAGCAGCGGCGGCGACGACGACGAUAAAAAUAACAAACAAACCAAGAAAACUUUCACCAGCCUGCACCCCCAUAAACGAGCCACUUUGACAACACCACCCCCGCGCCUGUCAAAACCGGCAAAACCGUUAGAAGCGCCCCAGAAACCGGCUCCCUCGCUCGUGGCUACUAAACUCGUCAAACCUCCAGCACCACAAGUUGUCGUGGCAAGAACUCCAGCCAAAAACGAUCAGUCUAAUAAACCAGACGGCCGUCCGCUCUGUCCGUACGGUUCGGGGUGCUACCGCAAAAACCCGGAGCACACGCGCGAAUACCGCCACGACGCCAAACCAAAGCCUCAAAACCUCGCGAGUCACGACCACGAGCUCUUCGGUCUCUACUUCACGACCGUCAAAGGGAUCCCGGCAAUCUACAAUGCCCCGUCCAUCGCGCGUUCGAUCGAAGACAUCCUAUCCCCAAACAUGGGCGAGCUGGUGCGCUCGGCCCAGUUCAACUACUGCUUCGACAUCCCAUGGCUGGUCGAAAGGUACCCUGCCGAAUUCCGAAACCUGCCCCUCCUGAUCGUCCACGGCGAGCAACGGGACGCGAAACGCGAGCUCGAGGCGUCCGCCUCGUCGUUCAAGCACGUCUCCUUCGCGCAGGCGAAACUUGAAAUCGUGUACGGCACCCACCACACCAAGAUGAUGCUGCUGCUGUACAAGGAAGGCAUGAGGGUGGUCAUACACACUUCCAACCUCGUGGAAUCCGACUGGGCGCAGAAGACGCAGGCCGCAUGGAUCGGUCCGCUGUGUCCCAAGGCGAGCGGUGGCGCCGGAGGCGGCGACUCGGCGACAGGGUUCAGGGCGGACUUGCUCGAGUACCUGGGAUCGUACGGGGACCCCAAGAUAAACGAGUGGUGUCACUACCUCCGCGCGCACGACUUCUCGGCCGUCAAGGUGUUCCUCGUCGGGUCCGUCCCGGGCAGACAUACCGGCGCCCGCAAGUCCAGCUUCGGCCACCUGAAGCUGCGCAAGCUCCUUUCCCUCCACGGCCCUCCAAAAGAGCUUGUCUCCAGCUACUGGCCGGCCGUUGCCCAGUUCUCCAGCAUCGGCUCGCUGGGCACCGGCCCUGACAACUGGCUCCGCGCCGAGUUCCUUACGAGCCUCGCAGCCGUCAAGGGCGGACCGCCCUUAACCCCGUCCUCAACCGUACCCGUCAAACUCGUCUUCCCGUCGGUCGACGACGUGCGGUGCAGCCUUGAGGGCUACCCCGCCGGCGCGUCCAUUCCGUACAGCAUCUCGACGGCGAACAAGCAGCGGUGGCUCGACGCAUACUUCUUCCGGUGGCGGAGCGGCCGCUUUGGGCGCACCCACGCGUCCCCGCACGUCAAGAGCUACGCGAGGCUGUCACCGAGCGGAAAGCAGACGGCCUGGCUGCUCGUGACCAGCGCCAACCUGUCCAAGGCGGCGUGGGGCGCCUUCGAGAAGAGCGGCAGCCAGCUGAUGAUACGGUCAUACGAACUUGGGGUGCUCUUCUUUCCGGGGCAGUUUGGGGACGCACGCACGUUCACGGUGGGGGGCGACAGCAUGGCGGGCAAGGGCUGCCUGCCGCUGUUCGUGCCAUUCGACGUCCCGCUGACACCGUACGGACAGGACGACGUGCCCUGGACGUGGGACAGUCAGCACCGGGAGGCGCCCGACCGGUUUGGGAACAUGUGGUGUCCGCCGGUCAAUAGGCGCGGGCGGUAGCACAGGCUUGGAAUGUGUUCUGCUUUGAGUUUGACUUCUGAGACUGGAUGAUUUUUUUUUUAUACAGAGAGUUCCUCGACGGAACGAUGGCUUCUAUCGAUGCGUGGUAGCCCACUAUGUUUACCCCUAAGCUGACAGUGCGGUAGAAGCUACGUGCUCAUUGAGUCAGUCAUAAAUCUACCCUUCGCCACACGAUCGCAUUCCUGCAGAGAGCAGGGUCAGGCGACGAAAUGGAGUGCAUUGUUUGGUCCAGCAAGCACAUUGUUUUUACCACACGUCGGCUUGGGGAUGAACGAAUUAUAGUGACGCUAGAUUUUGAUGGAGGCUGUUUUUGCGUUUUUAAAUACUUUAUCUGAAAGUAUGUUUGAAAUACACGAUGUUCAUUUUUUGUGCGAAGUACUUCCCUUUGAAGAGGUUAGAAACCACUUGCUGCAAAUAAACCACUCUGUUUGUGUAUCACUUUGAGGAAGCAAUGUUUGUGAACAGCGGUGCAAAAAAUAUGAUGUAAGUGAGUAGGAACGCCAAAAUCCAAAUUAAAUCUUUACUGCUUUUAA